AUGGGGUGGUGGCCAUUCAGCAAAGGCCCGGUGGAGGCCAAGCCACUGCCCAAGGCGCGGCAGCAGCAACUUGACGAGGACGCGCAGCGGCUAAAGAAAUUGCAAACGGCGGCGGCAGGCGGCGGCAGUGGCGAUGCCAAGGCAGUCGCAGACAUGUUCGCGUCGCCCGUACCGCGGCCGGCCUCGAUUUUUGAGUUCGGCAAGCCGGUGCCGCUCAGCAGCGACCACCUCGUCGGCAACUGCGCCGGUGACAAUCCGGAUGCAAUCCAGGCGUGCACGUGGACAAUAGAGCCGCUGCAGGGCAAGUCACGGGAGAAGCGGCCGGUGUAUAGGAUUGAGUUUUGA